AUGACUGUGGAAAACGGCUCGUCACCACCAUCAACAUCAGACACCACAACGGCGACGGCCAAACUACUUUUUGAUGAAACGGAUAUACUGUACGAAGAAGAUUGCUUACGGAAUCAGUAUUCAGCGAAAACUUGGUUUCGUUACAUCGAUCAUAUCAAAGAUGGUCCCAAUGAAAAAAUCAAUCUUGUUUAUGAACGUGCGUUACGUGAAUUACCGGGAAGCUACAAAUUAUGGCAUAAUUAUUUAAAACUUCGACGAAAACAAGUUCGAUCGAAAUGUAUCAUUGAUCCAGCUUAUGAAGAAGUGAACAACACUUUCGAACGAUCGCUUGUCUUCAUGCAUAAGAUGCCACGCAUUUGGCUUGAUUAUUGUCAGCUUCUAAUGGAUCAAUGUAAAAUAACUCGUACACGUCGUGUGUUCGAUCGAGCCAUACGAGCAUUGCCCGUCACUCAACACAAUCGUAUAUGGCCAUUGUAUAUCAAAUUUGUCACUACUUAUCCGGAAAUAUCAGAAACAGCAACACGAGUAUUCAAACGAUACCUCAAAUUACAACCUGAAUGUGCGGAAGAAUUCAUUGAUUAUUUGAGUGAAAUUGGCAAUCUGGAUGAAUGCGCUAAAUAUUAUGUUGAAGUAUUAAAUCGAGAAAAUUUUGUCUCGAGACAAGGAAAAACAACACAUCAGUUAUGGAACGAAUUGUGUGAAUUAGUAUCAAAAAAUCCAACGAAGAUCAAAUCGGUUCCUGUCGAAGCCAUUAUUCGGCAAGGUAUUUUGAAAUAUAAAGAUCAAGUUGGUCAACUAUGGACAUCACUUGCAGACUACUAUAUUCGUAGCGGUUGUUUUGAAAAAGCUCGUGAUAUAUUCGAAGAAGCGAUCGAAUCUGUACUUACUGUGCGUGAUUUUACUCAAGUUUUCGAUGCCUAUGCACAAUCAGAAGAAGGUCUGAUUAGUGCUUUGAUGAACAAAUCCAACGACGAUGACGAAGAAAUAACUGAAGAUGACGAUCUGGAAUUAGAACUUCGACUUGCACGUUUGGAAUAUCUCAUGGAUCGUCGUCCCUUGAUGCUGAAUAGUGUUUUACUUCGUCAAAAUCCACAUAAUGUCAAUGAAUGGUUGAAACGCGUGAAAUUAUACGGUGAACAAUAUGACAAAGUCAUUGAAACAUUUACAACAGCUGUACAAACAGUUGAUCCGAAAGUUUGCACGGGCAAAUUGCAAGAUUUAUGGAUUGCAUUCGCUCAAUUCUAUGAUAAAUAUCAACAACCCGAUGAAGCAAGAUAUAUUUAUGACAAAGCAGUUAAGGUUAACUUUCGUAAUGUUGACGAUUUAGCUGCAGUUUGGUGUGCAUGGUGCGAAAUGGAAUUACAACAUGAAAGACCGAAUGAAGCAAUUAAAUUAAUGGAACGUGCCACUGUUUUACCAAGACAUAAAGUCGAUUAUUAUGAUACGAAUGAAACAGUUCAACUGCGAUUACAUAAAAGUCUUAAACUAUGGUCAUUCUAUGUCGAUUUAGAAGAAUGUUAUGGAACAUUUCAAACAUGUAAAUCCGUCUAUGAUCGUAUUCUGGAUUUACGCAUAGCAACGCCGCAAAUUAUUAUGAACUAUGGUCUCUAUUUGGAAGAAAAUAAAUAUUUCGAAGACGCUUUUCGUACGUACGAAAAAGGCAUCGCAUUAUUCAAAUGGCCGAAUGUCUAUGAUAUAUGGUUAACUUACCUAUGUAAAUUUGUCGAACGAUAUUCGGACGGUUCGAAAUUAGAACGUGCACGAGAUUUGUUUGAACAAUGUCUCGAACAUUGUCAGCCGAAAUUUGCCAAGAAUUUGUAUCUGUUAUAUGCCAAAUUAGAAGAACAGCAUGGUCUGGAUAGACGAGCAUUGAAGAUUUACGAACGCGCAACGAGUGCUGUUGAACCAAAAGAGAAAGAAGAGAUGUUUAAUAUUUAUAUAAAACGAUGCGGUGAAAUGCAAGGUAUAACAGCAACGCGUGAAAUCUAUGAAAAAGCCAUCGAAGCCUUGGAAGAAGAACGCGCUGUUCGAGAUAUGUGCUUGCGUUAUGCGGACUUGGAACGAAAAUUAGGUGAAAUUGAUCGAGCCCGUGCUAUCUAUUCACACUGUUCACAAAUGUGUGAUCCACGAGUCCAUGGUGAUUUUUGGCAAACAUGGAAAGAGUUUGAAAUCAAACAUGGUAACGAAGAUACUAUGCGUGAAAUGUUACGUAUCAAACGAUCAGUUCAAGCAACGUACAAUGUUCAAGUUAAUUAUAUGGCUGCACAAAUGAUGGCAACAUCCAUGGGAGAUGAUACACCGACAACUCAAGUUAGUUAA